AUGGCGUCCCGAACCGUGAUCCCUAUCGACAAGAAAUGGCAGUUCAAACAGGCCGACAAGGAUGACAGCGACCUUCUCGCCGUCAGCCAGUUCCCCACGAACGUUCACCUCGACCUGAUACACCACAAUAUCAUCCCCGACCCCUUCAUCGGCAAGAACGAGCUCGACGUGCAGUGGAUCGGGGAGAAGCAAUGGCUGUACAAGACCACCUUCGCCUCCGAGGCCAUUCCCGAGGGCGCCCAGGCCGUCCUGGCCUUUGACGGGCUCGACACCUUUGCGACGGUCGUGCUUAACGGCAAGACCAUCCUCGAGACGGACAACAUGUUCACCCCGGAGCGCGUCGACGUCACAGCCGUGCUCGCCAAGGAAGGAGGCGACAACGAGCUGGUCAUUACCUUUGACAGCGCCUACCUGCGCGGCUGGAAGCUGGUCGAGAAAUACCCCGAUCACAAGUGGGGGUGCUGGAACGGCGACAACUCGAGGCUGGCUGUGCGGAAAGCCCAAUACCACUGGGGCUGGGACUGGGGCCCAACGCUCCUGACCUGCGGUCCCUGGAGGCCCAUCAACCUCGAGAUCUACGAGUCCCGCCUCUCUGACCUCUACUUUGAGACCACCGUUGACGACUCCCUCAAGAGCGCCAAAGUGGUCGCUCACGCCACGACCGAGGGAAGCGCCUCCAAGGUCCGCUUCGACGUCUCCCUUGACGGCAAGUCGCUCGCCUCCGAGACGGUCGACGCCAAAGCCGAUGCCGACACCUCGGCCACCUUCCAGAUCCAGGACCCCGCGCUGUGGUACCCCAUCCGCUACGGCGAGCAGCCCCUCUACACCGUCACGGCCACUCUCCUGGCCAACGACAACGAGGUCGACAGCCUGUCCAAGAGGAUCGGCAUCCGCAAGGUCGAGCUGGUGCAGCGCCCCCUCAAGGAGCAGCCCGGCACGUCCUUUUUCUUCCAGGUCAACAACGUGCCCGUCUUCUGCGGCGGGAGCGACUGGAUCCCCGCCGACAACUUCAUCCCGCGCAUCAGCAAGGAGAGGUACUACGACUGGAUCCGCCUGCUGGCCGACGGCAACCAGUUCAUGGUGCGCGUCUGGGGCGGCGGGAUCUACGAGGAGCCGGCUUUCUACGACGCCUGCGACGAGCUGGGCAUCCUCGUCUGGCAGGACUUCAUGUUCGGCUGCGGCAACUAUCCCGCCUGGCCGGAGCUGCUACAAUCCAUCGACCGCGAGGCGCGGGAGAAUGUCAAGGCGCUGCGGCACCACCCGUCCAUCGUCAUCUGGGCCGGCAACAACGAGGACUACCAGUACGCCGAGAGCGAGAACCUGACGUACGACCUCGCCAACAAGGACGCUCAGAGCUGGCUCAAGACGGACUUCCCCGCACGCUACAUCUACGAGAAGAUCCUCGUCGACGCCUGCGAGGACCUCAUCCCCGACACCUUCUACCACUUUGGCAGCCCCUGGAGCGGCCAGGACACGAGAGAUCCGACUGUUGGCGACCUGCACCAGUGGAACGUCUGGCAUGGCACCCAGGAGAAGUACCAGAAUUUUGACAAGCUCGUCGGCCGCUUCGUCUCCGAGUUCGGCAUGGAGGCCUUCCCCUCGGUCAAGACCAUCGACGCCUACUUGCCCAAGGGCAAAGACGACCCAGACCGCUACCCGCAGUCGUCGACCGUCGACUUCCACAACAAGGCUGACGGCCACGAGCGCCGCAUCGCCCUGUACCUCGUCGAGAACUUCCGCUACGCGCCCGACCCGCUGGAGCACUUUGUCUACUGCACCCAGCUCAUGCAGGCUGAGUGCCUCGCGUCGGCGUACCGCUUGUGGAAGCGCCAGUGGAAGGGCCCUGGCAGGGAGUACUGCGGCGGCGCCCUGGUCUGGCAGAUCAACGACUGCUGGCCCGUCACGUCGUGGGCCAUCUGCGACUACUACCUCCGCCCCAAGCAUGCCUACUACACCGUCAAGCGCGAGAUGGCGCCCAUCUCCAUCGGCAUUACGCGCACCGAGCACAAGCACCCGCGAGACAAGUACACGCGCGUCAACAUCGACACAGAGUCGCGCAUCGAGAUCUGGGGGUCCAACCUGCAGCUCGAGGACCUGACUGUCGACCUCGUCGUCAAGGCCUGGGACGUCGAGACGGGCGAGGAGACGUACCACGAGACGGUUGACAAGGACUUUGUCCUGCCGGAGAACAGGUCCACCGAGAUGGCGGCCUUCGCGGUGCCCGUCAGGCAAAAGGGCGACGAGGGGAGGACCGUCGUGGCGGCGUACCUAGUUCAGGGCGGCAAGCAGAUUGCGAGGUAUGUCAACUGGCCUGAGCCGCUCAAGUACCUGCACCUGCAGAAGCCCAAGAGCCUCAAGGCGGAGCUGGCCGAGGACGGCGAUGUGGUGGAGAUCAGUGCCGAGGUGCCCGUCAAGGGCGUCGCGCUCGAGGUCGAGGACGACGGCGUGGUCUUCAGCGACAACCUGGUCGACAUCGUGCCCGGGGAGGUUGUCAGGAUCGGGGUCAAGGGGGCCAGCAAGGAGACCAAGCUCGAGACGAGGUACCUGGGUAUGUUGAAUUAG